AUGGCCUUCAAGUUCGCCAAGGCCUCUGAUGUCGCCAAUCUGGAACUGCUGCAUGAAGUACUGGUGGACCGAUGCAGACCUUCCGUUACACGAUCCUCUUCCUCGACCGCAUCUUCUUCCAGAUUUGAUACAUUCCGUGACAGAAAACAGCGUUCUUUGCUGCACGUUGCCGCCAAGGCGAGGAACCUUGCAACAAUCAGAUGUUUGCUACGCAUUGGACUGUCUCCCUCCAUUGAAGAUGCGAAUGGGGACACUGCAGUCUCUUUGCUACUGCAAAGUUGCAUAAAGCGUUCUGAAAGAAAGCACCGUAAAAGGAUUAAAACAACCAAAGGAAUUGCAUAUGACAUGUGUUGUGAGCUUCUUCAGCCUCUUUUGGAACGUGACCCCACUCUCCUAUCCAUCCGGACCCCUGAUGGACGAACGCCUGCGGAAAUGCUGCAAGUGCUCUGGUUCGAGGCCUCUGAAAAUCAGCGAAUGAGGGGCGAUAAGCUUCUUAUGGAUGUGAUGUCAAAGGCCCGUCAGUCAACUUCUUUGUCGUCAUUAACUGCUUCGGUUCCCGAUGGGGGUGCUUCGGAUGACGAAUUCCUAAACUCCUACCACUAUGACGACGAAGAGUAUGCUUGGGAAGACUACUUUUCUGAAUUUGGAAAUCAAUAUUUCAAGUCACACCUGGAUUCCAUACGAGAGGAGUACGAGACGAAGCAACGUUCUUUUGCGGAUCCACCUAGAAGCUUUCCAAAACCCAAAAGGCCGUCGCCAACAUUAGAGCCUAAUCGCAUGAAUUUUUUCCAGCGCCACAAAGUUGCAAUGGCUGCUAGGCAGGUCAGGAAACCGGUGGUAGACUUCCAGGCAUUUGAUUCACAAUGGAAGGAGUUUUCCUCGCAAACUGGACCCAUCGAUACUUUGGAUGCAAUUCCCUGGCCUCCUUUUUGCGGAAAACAUCUCAGCUGCGAUCGAUCCUCCUCAGCUGCGCUGCGUAUCGAAUUAGUUUUGCGCUUUGUAGACAAUUCCACCCAGUCUCUCCGACAGUUGCAGGUCAGAUGGCACCCAGAUCGCUUCUUUAGCAAAUUUGGCUCCCGUAUUUCACCAAAUAUUAUGAGCAAGGUUUCAAGCAACGUAGUUGCUGUCUCCCAACUUCUCAAUGCUGCAACAGAAUUUUUACGGCAGAACCAAGGACCUGAUGAGCCGUCCUCAGACAAGUAAAGGACAAAUGCUGUACAAGUCUCUUACUUAUGAGCACAUGUUUCAACUGAAAAAUUCAAUUUUCCACUGCUCAUCUCGUCAGUUGUUAUCUCAGCUGAAUUUGUUUGUUCUUUGCUGCGAUGAAAAACACAGUCAGCCG